AUGUCGGUGGCUCCAAAUGGUAGGGAUGCUGUGUUGGCUGGUCGUAAAGGUCUGUUUGUCAUAGAUCUAGACGAUCCCUUUGCUGCCCCUCGUUGGCUUCAUCACGAAACCUCUUGGGAGGUCGCAGAUGUUCAAUGGUCACCGCACAAGUCAAAGCCUUCUUGGAUUGUAUCUACGUCUAAUCAAAAGGCUAUGGUCUGGAACAUAGCUCGUCCUUCUCAUGAUGCCAUUGAACAUGUUCUUCACUCGCAUACGAGGGCCAUUACGGAUAUAAACUUCCAUCCGAAUCACCCGGAAUUGUUGGCCACUUGUUCGGUCGAUUCCUUUGUUCUUUCAUGGGAUUUGAGAUGUCCUCAAUCUCCUAUCCAUCAGUGGGCCGACUGGCGUGCUGGCUCUUCUCAGGUUAAAUGGAACUACAUAGAUCCCAAUAUUUUGGCCUCUGCACAUGAUUCUCAUAUUCUUAUUUGGGAUGCACGUAAAGGUGCUCUCCCCCUCCAUAGAAUCAAUGCUCACGAGGCCAGAAUCAACGGAAUCGAUUGGAGUAGAGAGAACAAACACAGGCUGAUUAGUUGCUCCAAUGACAUGAGUGUCAAGUUUUGGUCCUACAACGUUUCUUGCGACACUCCAACUUAUACUAUUCACACCGAUUUCCCUGUGGCUAGAGCUAGACAUGUUCCGUUCGGUGACCAUAUCUGCGGUAUUAUGCCUUCGAGAGGUGGUAAUAACUCAGUUUAUAUUGUGAAAUAUGGAGAUAAGGAGCAAGAAUCAAACCUAAGGCCAAGCUACAUUUUUAAAGGCCACACUGAACCUGUGAAGGACUUUGUAUGGAGAACUAGACAUCAUGAAAACAGUUCUGUCGACGAUAGAGAAUUUCAGCUAGUCACCUGGUCUGCAGAUUGUGACUUGAGACUAUGGCCGAUCAACCAGGAUAUCUAUGACAACUUCAACUAUGUCAAAAAUAAGCCACUUCCUCAAGGUAUUCAUCUCCAAGACUUUGAUUACAGAUCGUAUAGGCCAGAACCGCCUACAUCGUCUGAAAACAGUGUCAUUAUACGCCAUCAUAGAGGUCAUCGGGACGCAUAUUCAUCGCCAGGAGGAGGAAGGGGAAGUUUUACCUUAUACAAUGAUCAAUUCAAUCAUCUCAAUUGGAUUUCCGGCAUAAAGGUCGGACAAUCUGCAUUUCAAAACGUUGAUAAUGACUUCAACCGUGGCUUCAACGACGAUACUCAGCCACUUAAUUUGGGUGAAGAGGUAAGUAAUGUCGGUCACAAAUUCCCCAGACUUCGAUUUGAGAAGAUCUCCGUAUCCACAGGUAAUCUGGUAAUUUCCUUGAACGGACCGUGGUCUUCUGAUAAUAAGGAUGGCCUUAUCUUCAUACGUGUGGAAAUUGAUUUCCCAGAGAAUUAUCCAUCAAAGAACGGCUGCCCCAAAUUUUCUCUUGAGCAGACACAUGAGCUGAGUGAAACCAAAAGACAGGAGCUUUUGAAGAACUCGAGAGAGAUUGCAGAGAAGUAUUGUGAGGCACGGAAGUUCUGCUUGGAGCCUUGCAUGCGUUUCCUAUUGGGGGAAAGAGUGAGUUUAGACUUUACAGACAGUGACGAAGAGUUACCUUUAGACCCAUACGUAAUUCCGUACGAGGGAGAAACUGCUAAGAACGAUGAGUUUUCGGAAGUGUCCGGUUUGGAAUCGGCCAGUAUAUCGACUGCUUCCGAGAAUGUUGAUUCUGACGAAGGACUAGUUCCAGGUGAUUUGAAAAAGCCUUCAUUUGAUUCGACACCUGUUCCAAAGGGCUGCGGUGCUAUAUGGACACCGUCAGGUCAUUUGGUGUGCUUUUUCAAUCCAAAAGAGGCCAAGAAAGAGCAGACGAUAAAAUUCGGACAGCAAGGUUUUAGCUUGAUGAACCCUUUACGGAUGGGUAUUCCAGAUAACGAUAGACUGGAGUUGGAAUUGACUUCGUCUGCAUCGUCCACAUCAUCGUUAGCAAACGAUCUUGAUAUUCUUCAGUAUGAUAGACUGUAUCGUACAAACAUACCUGAAGUCUUGAGAGGUUCUGCAGUGGCAGGAACCUUAGCUAACCAUAAUUACUCGCUUUCUACCGAUCGAUCGCAGGGUACAUCGAAUUCUCGAAGCAAACACAAUCGUAAUAUUGUGAAAAUAUAUGAUUUCACUAGACUAAUACCUGCCAAAAUGGAAUUGGCUUACGGAUACAGAGUUCUUGGGGAUACGCCAGAAAAUUUGGCUCAACACAAUGCUUUGGUGGCGGAGAAGUAUGGAUACAAAGAUAUUGCGAAUUGCUGGAAGCUUCUUUCCAUACUUCUAGUCAAAGAUGUAGAAGUAGAUACUAGUGCCAACGGUAUCAGUGCAAAUCCACAGAACGAACUGAUAGACAAGUUUACCAGAUCAAUUGAUCGUGAUGAUGUUGCUCUAAAUUAUCGAUUCUACUGGGGUUCUCAUCCGUUCGGAGGACAAUGGCUUACGCAUGAACUUAUGAAGUACUACGAGGCUAAGGAAGACAUUCAGAUGCUUGCAAUGAUGUCUUGCAUUCUUUAUGAGCAUAAUACCAACGACAAGAGAUCACCCGAGAUUCCCAUCAAUACUUCUUAUUUUGUUCCUGUUGUAUCUAGGACAUCCAGUACAGAAGGUUCGACAAGCUUCCAUGGAAUCCCUCAACGUCCUCAUAUGCAAAGCGCUGUGUCGUUUAAUGCACGAACUUUACCUGGAAAUGCGACCAACAUGAACCGCUCAAUGAGCACGCUGUCUUCCAUUAGUGCAGACAGCAGCUUGAAGAACUCGGAGAGUCACAGAAGACGUGGAAUUAAGCAGUCCAACACGACUACGAACGAUAAUCAGAUCCCUCAUAUACCGUCGAUCGUGACGAUUGAAGGGUCAUUGCCUCAAUACAGUCCUUCUUCCGUGGCAUCUUCGGCGGCCAGCAACGUGUUUAGCCAUUCAUUUGAUAAGUUCAUGAUGAAUAAUGGCAAUGCAAAUGUCAGCGGUAGUCAGCAACAAAGACAGCAACUGAAGGUGUCUACAGACUUUUCAUUACCACAAGUAAAAUUGCAAAUCCUUAAUAAGGAGUCAUUGGACUUGUAUGACAACGUUCAUUCGAUGGAUAUGGAAGGAAUGAUGGAUAAAGAGAAACUCAAGCUUUAUCGAAUAGAAUAUGCAUCACUAUUAUUCUUUUGGGGAUUACCUGUGAGUAGAGCCAAAAUAUUGCAGUUUAAUUAUACCGAUGAAAGCGAGACAAGUGAUGAAUAUAUAGAACAUCGGGGAGAGAUAGGAUGGAUCAAGCAGAGCCAGGAUAGUUACAAUUACCGUGAUAGACUACGGGAGAUGAAGAAGUGCCAUUACUGCUUACUUCAAGUCAAGAAAAGAGUGACAGUAUGUACACAUUGCCAUCAUAUAAUGCAUGCAGAAUGUGCAAUGAAAUGGUGGGAAAGAGAAAAGAUGAUGGAAUGUGCAAGUGGUUGUGGAUGCCACUGUUUAGAGUACAAAAUUGUGGACAUGUAA